AUGUAUGGAGCCCAGGAUUGGAAAGAGCAGAGAGGUCAAGGCCUCUUGAGGUUAGGUUUAAUAAGACGGCAAAGCACUGGACUGAUGUUUUCCCUUAGAGGCAGUGGCCGCCUCGGCGCUAUAUUUUGGGGUGAGGACAUAUUUUGGAUUGGAACUCCUGGUUAUUAUACAGACCAUGGUGUUCCACCCAUACUAUCUGAGGUCACAAAAUUUGUUGAUGAUGGCCAAUAUGAAGCGGCUACCACAACAGCCUUCAACUUGUCAAGAGAUCCAUCCAACGUAAGCUGCUUGCUUACUUUCAUAUUAGGUCUCUCAGUUUCAGAAUUGCAGAUGGAUGUGGAUUGUUUUAGUUGA